AUGCAGUUCCUCGCCAUCGUCAUCGCUUCUCUGGCUUCCAUCGCCGCUGCCAACCCGACGCCGAACAGCCCCCCUUCCAGCUGCAAGCCUGGCACCUAUGAAUGCGCCGUCAACUCCAAGACUGGACAGCCUGGAUGGAAUGUUUGCAACACCAGCAGCCAGUGGGUGUAUGGCGGCGACUGCCCCCCUCACACCAUUUGCAAGUUCAAUCCCGUCAACCAGAGCCCGUACUGCGUUCCCCCCUCUUUCAUGACGGAGUAG